AUGCGUAUCUCCCCCAAGCGGAACAGGCUUGCCAUCAACACCCCUCCCUUGACCCCGACCCCAACCCAUCGGGGAGCGCGCGAGGGUCAUGCCACUCGCCACACCCUUAGCCGUGCCGGCUCGGAUGCUGCCGUCCCGGGUUAUGAUGUCGCGCAACACGAUACCUACCCCGCGAGGACCAUUGUUGUGGAGCCCACUACGCCUAAAUCGUCGGUGUCGUUGAUGCCAGUCUUAACCGAGACUGAGGUUCUGGGUUCACGCAUGUACACUUCCAACAUCGACAUCAAGGUUCCCGAGUGUGUCGCCAAGCUCCUGGACAUUGCCUCCUCCCACGGCAUCCUCAUCCCGACCGCCACACUCAACGAGGCAGUUUUCCAGAUCAUUGUGGCCUCAGCUCAAGGGACUCAAGAAACCCUCUCCCCCAACCUCACAGCCCAAGUCGUCGUCGACCUAAGCCUGCCCACCGACUUUGAGGAGGGCAAGUCUCGCACUGAUGUGGACCUGUUUGUCCAUGGGCUGGAGGGGAGUGGGAUCGUCGGCGUGGAGCUCAAGUGGGCCGAUAUCAACAGCAAGCCAAACAUUUUGUUUGGCCAGAAUCUGGCCCGCGUCCAGGAAGACGAGCGUGAGGAGGCCGAGGCUUCCAUGGUUGUAGAGUCGGACAAGAGUCACCCGGAAGAGCAAGUCUCGUUUGAGGACGAGCUCCUGGCCAUUGAAGAGGAGUUGGUGCCCUACCCCGAAACUCUGUCGUCACAGCCGUCCUCUGACUCGCCGUCCUCUGGCUCGGAAGGUGAGAAGCACCGCCCUCUUGACAACUGGUCAGACUCCCAGUCCGAGUCUCCUGCUGAGGAAAAGGAGGAACCCAGCGUAUACCACGCCAAGGUCUCUCCGGCCAAGGUCUCCCAUGCCAAGGUCACCCCCGCCAAAGUCUCCGACAUCAAGGCAAGUGCUCACUCGGUCACCAGCAGCGAUUCCGCUAGCAUCAUGAAGUCCGACUCCAGCGACUCAACUCUCUACAACGGCAACUCUUCCUGGACGGCUCCAUCGGUUUCCUCGAGCACUGGUGAGGUCAUUCGUGCCGGCAAGAAGGUUCUUCGUCAGUUGACCAAGGAGGCCAAGCGAGCUCGCCGCGAUGAGCUCAUGAGACAGGAGACCAACAUGCGCUUCUGGACCGGAAUCUUUGGCGGAGUCAUUGGCGCUGUUUGCGGUUUCGGCUGGGGUUAUGGCGCCGCCAGCAACUUUACACUUCGCACUGCUCGUGCUGUCCUUUGCACCCGGUCGUUUCGGACCAUGAUGCCUGGGCUGUAUGCGUAA